AUUUGUGAAUUUAAAGUCAAUAAAGCGUAUGCCAUUGUCAGUUCAUCGGUAAGCUUUUGGAUACCUGGCAUUGUCAUGCUUUCAAUGUAUUAUCGCAUUUAUCAGGAAGCAGAUAGGCAAGAGCGACUGGUUUACAGGUCGAAAGUUGCUGCUCUGCUGCUGGAGAAACAUUUGCAGAUAAGUCAAAUACCCAAACCCCGUCCUAGCAUACAGGUGGAACCCUCAACCAUAUCGACGAUGCGAAGAGAACGCAAAGCAGCACGCACACUGGGCAUUAUUAUGAGCGCCUUUCUGCUGUGUUGGCUGCCCUUCUUUCUAUGGUACAUCACCUCAACACUGUGUGACAGUUGUACCACACCUCGCAUCGUUGUGGGCAUUCUCUUUUGGAUUGGUUAUUUCAAUUCGGCCCUGAAUCCCAUUAUCUAUGCCUACUUCAAUCGAGAUUUUCGCGGAGCAUUUAAGAAAACAUUGAAGUCCUGCUGUCCGUACAAGUUCAUAAAUUGUCGUGUCAGCGCUGGCGGCGAAAUGCCACCGUUUGUUAAUUCCACGGCUUCAUCGGAGAUCCACAUGAAUAUACUGCGUGCACGUCAGUAUGCCACCUCGGCAUCAUCGCAUCAACUGCAGACAUUAUAUCAAAACUAA